ACACUCCGACUAUGAAUCUUUGGGCCACGUGCUUUGCAAGUCCAACGUGAUUGGGGCGCUUGUAACCUUUCGUUUGAAACCUGGGGUGGUACAGUGUACGAGUGCGUGCUGACUUCCCGCGUGACAUUACAGGAAAGGAUUUCUUAAAUCACUUGGAUGAUGUUUGUCGCGCGCAGCAUCGCAGCAGAUCACAAAGAUCUGAUCCACGAUGUUUCCUACGAUUUUCACGGACGGAGAAUGGCUACGUGUUCCAGCGACCAAAGCAUUAAGGUAUGGGACAAGGGUGAUGAUGGAGAAUGGAACUGCACAGCUAGCUGGAAAACACACAGUGGCUCGGUUUGGAGAGUGACAUGGGCUCAUCCAGAGUUUGGACAGGUGUUGGCAUCUUGCUCCUUUGAUCGUACUGCAAUAGUAUGGGAGGAAAUUGUUGGCGAGUCCAAUGACAAACAUCGAGGACAAAGCCACUGGAUUAAAAGGACCACACUUGUGGACAGUCGUACCUCUGUGACUGAUGUGAAGUUUGCACCGAAGCACAUGGGUUUGAUGUUGACUACAUGUUCUGCGGAUGGGGUGGUGCGAAUCUAUGAGGCACCUGACGUCAUGAAUCUAAGCCAGUGGUCCCUGCAGCAUGAGAUCUCCUCCAAAUUCCCUUGCUCUUGCAUCUCCUGGAAUCCUUCCAGUUCUCGGGCUCACGCACCUAUGAUUGCUGUAGGUAGUGAUGAAAGCAAUGUGACGUAUGGUGGCAAAGUACAGAUAUAUGAAUAUAAUGAAAUGACAAGAAAAUAUGGCAAAGCUGAGACGCUGGUGACAGUUACAGAUGCAGUACAUGAUGUUGCAUUUGCCCCAAAUCUGGGGCGGUCUUUUCAUGUGCUUGCUGUUGCCACAAAAGAUGUGCGCAUCUUCAAAUUGGUUCCCCUUCGAAAGGCAGAAACCUCUGCUUCGCUCACCAAAUUUGAAGUGCAGGUGCUGGCCCAGUUUGACAGUCAUAACUCUCAGGUGUGGCGUGUGAGUUGGAACAUUACUAGUACACUCCUGGCUUCCUCUGGUGAUGAUGGCUGUGUGAGACUCUGGAAAGCAAACUACAUGGACAAUUGGAAGUGCACGGGUGUUCUAAAGGGAGAUGGUAGUCCUGUGUUUGGGACGUCUAAUCAGCCUGCUGCUCUUAGCACGGUCAUGGGCUCUGCUUCUUUACAGAAUGCUUUCAAUGGGACCACUGGAAGAUAGAUCUUGUAUUUCAGGACCAACAUGAAGAUAUUUGGUGCUCAUGUACUGCACCAUGGAAAAUUGAACUGAUUCCUGGGACCAAUUGAUCGUGCUUGCUGGACAUGUAGAGUGACGGGCACUUACUGUAACACUGGUAUAUAGACGACGAACCGUUAUAUAGUGAGAUUGCCAUUUUGUUGACUUUUGUCAUUGUGUGAUUUCAUUUUCUAUUAUAAAAUUGAAAUAAAAUGGUUUCAAAAUAUA